UUCCACCACUCAGGCGACGGGGGAAGAGUAUAAGAGGACGCUCUUCCGCCCGUCCGAGGGAGAGUACUAACUCACAGACCACGUUCGGGUGCGGACGAAGACGCCAGCUGGUGAGAUCACACACGACGGUAGAUGAUGGCACGGGAAACCCCUGCACUGCAGACAGCACAGAUGUGUAAGUUCAAGAACAUGGCCGAGGCGAGUAUUUCAUUAGAUCAGCUUUCAGUGGAUCGGUUCAGCUGUCCAGUUUGUCUGGAUCUACUGAAGGAUCCGGUGGUGAUCCCAUGUGGUCACAGUUUCUGUAAGGUGUGUAUUAAUGACUGCUGGGAUCAGGAAGAUGAGAGCGGAGUGUAUCGCUGUCCUCAGUGCAGAGACACUUUCACUCCAAGGCCUGUUCUACGCAGAAACAACAUGCUGGCUGAAGUGGUGGAGAAACUGAAGAAGAAGACUGAAAUCCAAGCUGGUUCUCCUGCUCACUGUUAUGCUGGACCUGGAGAUGUGGAGUGUGAUUUCUGCACCGGGAGAAAACACAAAGCCGUCAAGUCCUGUCUGAUGUGUCUGGCCUCCUUUUGUGAAACUCAUCUGAAACCUCACUAUGAAGUUCCUUCCUGGAAAAAGCACAAGUUAGUCGAAGCUUCUGGAAAUCUACAAGAGAAGAUCUGCUCUGAGCAUGAUAAAGUGCUGGAGAUCUACUGUCGUACUGACCAAAGCUUCAUCUGUUAUCUGUGUAUGAUGGAAAAACACAAAAGCCACGACACAGUCUCAGUUAAAGUGUACAGAACUGAAAAACGGAGUGAGUUAAAGGAGGAGCAGAUGAAAUCCCAGCAGAGAAUCCAGGAGAAGCAGAAGAAGGUGCAGGAGCUGAAACAGGCUGUGAACACUAUAAAGCUCAGUGCACAGACAGCAGUGGAGGACAGUGAGAGGAUCUUUACUGAGAUGAUCAGCUCCGUGGAGAAAAGGCGCUCGGAGGUGACGGAGCUGAUCAGAGCUCAGGAGAAGGCUGAACUGAGUCGAGCUGAACGACUCCUGGAGCAACUGGAGCAGGAGAUCGCUGAUCUUCAGAGGAGAGUCACUGAGCUGGAGCAGCUUUCACACACACACGAUCACCUCCACUUCCUACAGAAAAUAAAGGUUUUAGUCUCUGGCCCUCGCUCUCCCGACUUAAUUAGACCAGAGUUUCAGUCUGAUCUCCGUGAGGACUCACGCAUCAUCACUGUCAAUCAACAUCUCUCAUUUGAUGGAGUGAGGAAAUCUCUCUCUGCUCUGAAAAAGAGACUCGAGGAAUUCUGCCAGGAGGAAUUCAUCAGAAUCCCUGAACAUGCUGCAGCAGUUCAGAUCAUUUUACCCUCAGAACCAAAGAGCAGACAAGAUUUUCUGCAGUAUUUCUGUGAUCUGACUCUGGAUCCCAACACAGUAAAUUAUAACCUCAUUCUGUCUGAGAGGAACAGAGCGGUGACACGCAGUGAAAGAAAGCAGCAGUACUCUGAUCAUCCAGAGAGAUUUGAUUCCUGUCAGGUGUUGUGUAAGGAGAGUGUGUGUGGACGCUGUUACUGGGAGGUGGAGUGGAGCGGUGUUGGUGUGUACAUAUCAGUCUCAUAUAAAGACAUCAGCAGGAAAGGACGGGGUAAUGAGUGUUGGUUUGGAGGCAACAAUCAGUCCUGGAGUCUGUGGUGUUAUUCUUCUUCUCUCUUUUUCUAUCACAACAACAUUGAGACUGAUCUCAGAGUUCCAUCAUCCUCCAGAAUAGGAGUGUAUGUGGAUCACAGUGCAGGAACUCUGUCCUUCUACAGCGUCUCUGACACGAUGAAGCUCCUCCACAGAGUCCACACCACGUUCACUCAGCCCUUAUACGCUGGGUUCUGGCUGCGCUCUAGUGGAUCAACUGUGAGAUUACGUGAUCCAGAAUAAAAUAUCAGUAAUGUGAUUUUAUUGAAUUAAAAUGAGCAACUUUACUUUUUUAUUUCAAGCUUAAUUCCAAUGUAAUAUUUAUUGUCCAAAUGUAAUACAUUUAUUUGUGAUUUCCCAAUUUUCCUUAAUAAUGUUAGAUCUUUCUUUUAGAAGAUUUUAAUGUUAUACAGUAGUGCUUGAAAGUUUGUGAACCCUUUAGAAUUUUCUGUAUAUCUGCAUAAGACCUAAAUCAUCAUCAGAUUUACAGUCCUAAAACAAGAAACUAUUACACUUGGUCAUUUAUUUAUUGAGGAAAAUGAUCCAAUAUUACAUAUCUGUGAGGGGUAAAAGUAUGUGCACCUUUGCUGUCAGUAUCUGGUGUGACCCCCUUGUGCAGCAAUAACUGCAGAUAAACGUUUGGGGUAACUGUUGAUCAGUCCUGCACAUCGGCUUGGAGGAAUUUUAGCCCGUUCCUCAGUACAGAACAGCUUCAACUCUGGGAUGUUGGUGGGUUUCCUCACAUGAACUGCUCGCUUCCGGUUCUUCCACAACAUUUCUAUUGGAUUAAGGUCAGGGCCUUGACGGCCAUUCCACAACAUUAACUUUAACCGUUCUUUGGUUAGAGUGACUUGUGUGUUUAGAAUCGUUGUCUUGCUGCAUGACCCACUUUCUCUUGAGAUUCAGAUCACGUUCAGAUGUCCUGACAUGUUCCUUUAGAAUUUGCUGGAAUAAUUCAGAAUUCACUGUUCCAUCAAUGAUGGCAAACCGUCCCGGCCCAGAUGCAGCAAAACAGCCCCAAACCAUGACACUACCACCACCAUGUUUCACAGAUGGGAUAAGGUUCUUAUGCUGGAAUAUAGUGUUUUCAUUUCUCCAACAUAACAUUUGUCAUUUAACCCAAUUAUAUUUUAUUAUUUUAUUAUAAUAUUAUAUUUUGGUCUCAUCCAUCCACAAAACAUUUUUUUCAGUAGCCUUCUGGCUUCUCCAUGUGAUCUUUAGCAAACUGCAGAGGGGCAGCAAUGUUCUUUCUCCUUGCAACCCCGCCAUGUACACCAUUGCUGUUCAGUGUUCUCCUGAGGGUAGGCUCAUGAACAUUAACAUUCGCCAACGUGAAGUCCCUCACUCACACCUGAUCAUCAUCCCACUGAUUGAAAACACCUAAAUAUAAUUUCACCUUCAAAUUAACUGCUAAUCCUAGAGGUUCACAUACUUUUGCCACUCACAGAUAUGUAAUAUUGGAUCAUUAUAUAAUAUUUUUGUCUCAGUUGUUUAAUUGGGUUCUCUUUAUCUACUUUUAGGACAAAGUCUGAGGAUGUUUUCGGUCAUAUUCUGCUUCAAUACUGUGUUAAAAUUCAUGUUGGUCUACUCAUUAAUCUUACAUAUGAAUCAUCAUGACUGUACUUAUACUGUAUAUAUUCAUUUGGAUGGAUUCUUGGAUAACAAAAUAAAAAAUAUAUUUAAAUAUGUGUUAAAUCCAUGUGUAAUGUCUAUUUUUGUGUCAUUUUUGUUUGUUUUGGUAUGACUAUUACACUAAGUGUUGCCUUAAUGAGUACCUUGUAAUCAGAAUUUAAUAAAGGCGGUAAAUGCAAAGCUAAUGUAGGAUGUGAACAUUACAGUGUUAUGUAUGUUUACAAAAAAAAGACUGUGUAAUCUCAGUGUUUCUCACUCACCAGUGAUAUUUCACCCUCUUUUCACAACUUCCUCUGGUGAUUGUGUGUUACAGCACUAUGCAGCGCACUACUUAGGGAUUUCUAGCGUUUUAUAAACCUUCCUGGACGCAGUGUGAACAUCCAGAGCAUUCAAAAUCCCAGAAUACACAGAGAACCUCCUGCAGCAUACAGUAGCUGCACACACAAAUCCAGGGGUGCCCACACAUUUUUGACUUGCGAGCUA